AUGGCGGACCUGGCGAGCCGCAUCACGAAACCCAGCGACGAACCCGUCGAUGCGGUUGCCCCCGCUCCCACCGCCACCACGGGUGAGGGCAAUGGUACCGAAGAGCCGGUAGAUGAUGGCGUCAACAAAGGCCUGGUUGAAACGACAUAUGAUGUCGAGGUCAAAUUGAGCGGCCUUCAAGCUGACGAUGAAAGCCUGCUUUAUUCUGGCGUCGCCUCCUUCGAAGAGCUCGGCCUUGCCAAGUCGAUCAAUGACGGUCUGCUGGCCAUGAACUUCAAGAAGCCCUCGAAGAUCCAGGAGAAGGCGCUGCCGCUCAUGCUUAGCAAUCCGCCCCGCAACAUGAUCGCCCAGUCGCAAUCGGGCACCGGCAAAACGGCCGCCUUCGUUCUCACGGUUCUCUCCCGCGUCGAUCUAACCAAGCCUACACAGCCCCAGGCGCUGUUACUAGCACCCAGCAGAGAGCUCGCGCGCCAGAUUCAAAGCGUCAUCCAGACAAUCGGCCAGUUCUGCGAGAACCUGAACGUCGAGGCUGCCAUUCCCGGCUCCAUCUCGCGCGAGACGGGUGUCCGGGCGAAUGUCGUGGUGGGAACUCCGGGCACCGUCAUGGACCUGAUUCGCCGCCGCCAAUUCGACGUGUCUCAGUUGAAGAUCAUGGUUAUCGAUGAGGCCGACAACAUGCUGGACCAGCAGGGUAUGGGCGACCAGUGCGUCCGAGUUAAGGGGAUGCUCCCGAAGGAUAUCCAGACUCUUCUGUUCUCGGCUACGUUUCCGGAAAAAGUUAUGAUCUUUGCACGGAAGUAUGCUACCAACGCCCACGAGAUCAAACUUCGUCACACGGAUCUCACAGUCAAGGGUAUCUCCCAAAUGUAUAUGGAUUGCCCGGACGAGAGCAAGAAGUACGACAUUCUCUGCAAGCUUUACGGCCUCAUGACGAUUGGCUCGUCGGUCAUCUUUGUCAGGACGCGCGAGAGCGCCAGCGAGAUCCAGCGGCGCAUGGAGGCAGACGGGCACAAGGUUUCGGCACUCCACGGUGCGCACGAGGGCCAGAACCGAGACGCCCUUCUCGACGAUUUCCGGUCAGGCCGUUCCAAGGUGCUCAUCACCACCAACGUCCUGGCGCGCGGCAUCGACGUGUCCAGCGUGUCCAUGGUGAUCAACUACGAUAUCCCGAUGAAAGGACCCGGAGACAAGGAGCCCGAUAUGGAGACGUACCUCCACCGUAUUGGCCGCACCGGGCGCUUCGGGCGUGUUGGUGUCAGUAUUAGCUUCGUCUAUGACCGCAAGAGCUACGACGCGCUAUCCAAGAUUGCCGACCAUUACGGCCUCGACCUAGUCCAGCUAGCCCCGGAUGAUUGGGAUGCGACGGAAACGAAGGUGCAGGAGGUCAUCAAGUCGAGCCGGGCGCGCCCUGACUAUGUGCCCAAUGCGGGCGACAAAUAA